GUGAUCAAUAAACUUAAUUGUUGUUGUUGUACCAGCUAGUUAUAUAUAUAUAUAUAGCUCCUGUAAUGCAAGUACAGGCAGUUAUUAUCAGCAUCCAGCUGUUUAGUCUUGCUGCAGCCACACUGAUAUCCACUCCCCCUGUGGCCUGUCCUGAUGACACUGUCACCUUCACCUGCACUCUGCCUGGUAGUCUCAUACGAUGGACAGUGACUCCUCCACAAGGCCAAAUGUUCCUUGUCACUUUGAGUACCAGUAACACUGAGGACACACAAGGUAAUCCAGCAUUCCGUGGUGUUCUCACUGACUCCAGUGGAGGAAUGCUCACUGCCACUCUCACCUCACUGUCUGAGGCCUCCAUUGUAGAAGGAACUAUGGUGUUGUGUGAGGGAGCAAGCUCACAAGAGGGUCCUCUUACUAUCACUGUGGCUGAUCCACCCAGCCCUCCACUGAACCCAAGAGUGUCCUCCACUCAAAACCAACCCAGCUCCUCCAUUAUCACUCUGGAGUGGGACCCUCCCUCCUCUACUGGUGGUGUGUCCGUCAUGUAUGUCCUCACCAUCUCCACAACACCUCUCUCCGAGUCACCAGUCACCGUGGAGACAACCUCUGCACAGAUCACUGUCCUAUAUAACAUUCCUUACAAUGUAACCAUCAGAGCUGUCAACUGUGCUGGAAUGAGUCAAGAAAGUCUAAUUGUGGAUCUUAUUUUGUGCCCCACACCGUCUACUGCUGCUGGUGUGACCAUGACCAACACACCUCCUGUCACUAUUGGUGGAUCCAUACUCACCUUCACUUGCGGUGGACCCAAUGAAGUGAUAACCUCAACCUGUGGCAAUAACGGGUGGUCUCCUGACCCUGGGACCUUCGACUGUGGCACCCCAGUUACAGAUCCCCCAUCAGUCACCUGUGGCUCUCCAGCUGCACCGUCUAGAGCCAGUGUGGACAUCAGUGGAGGGACACCACCCUUCUCACUGGGUUCAGAGGUCACCUUCCACUGUGAUGAGGGACUGUUCCCCCCUAAUUUGAGGACCAGCACAUGCACUGAUGUGGGGGGUAGGGGAGAGUGGGUGGAGAAUCCCGGGAGCUUGGUGUGCAGGGAGAGGCCAGCCAACUGCACUGUACCUGCUGAGCCGUGCAACAGUGCUAUAGUGGACUAUGAGAGGUUGAACGAGACAGUGUCGGAGGGAACAGUGCUGACUUACCAGUGUGACAAUGGAUUCUCACUGACUAGACCCAACACCAUCACUUGUACUAAUGCUAGAGUCUGGAGCACUGAGCCUGAGGCAAUCAUGUGUGUAGUUUCUACUGUCGCUCCCUUGUUCUCCACUUCUGCAACUGUCGCUAUCAGUGUGGUCAUCACUUUCAUUGUCACUCUAGUCAUUGGAUUCCUCACUGGACUGCUAGUGAUGUAUCUUUUCUUUCGAAAGAAAGCAGUGUACUUCCCAGCAACUGAAGGACAAACUAACACAGCGUCCACUGCACCAGCUGGUCCUGUUUAUGAGGAGGUGUCACCCAAAGAGGAGAUUGAACUCAACACAAACCAGGCGUAUGGACCAUUAGGACUGUGAAACUUUGUGCACUCUUUAUGAAUAGCAUUCAACAAGUUACAUUGCAAUAAUUAUCGUUCUGUUGGUAUUUUGUUUGUUAUAGACAUAGACUCAGUGUUUUUGAUAGCAUAUAAUUAUAACCAGGAGCCCAUAU